AUGGUGCGGUACCAUAGCAACAGGCACGCUCGCAUAGUCUACAAAUCGGACCGCCCAAGCGAGGAGUUCGACCUUGACCCCGAGGGCGUGGAGAGGCUGAAAAAUGUAGCGUUCAUGAAAACCGCAAAAGAGCGGGAAGGUCAUGAAGUCAAAGAAGUUCAGGUGUAUCUACCACUUCCGUUACUACAGAGCGGUCUGGUGUUGGUGGAUACCCCAGGAAUCGGAGAAAACGAGUUUUUAGAGGCGGAGCUAAUGAACUUCAUAGGCAGCCACCACAUUCAGGGAUUCUUGUACAUCAUCAAGACAGACAACGCGGGCGGAGUGCAGGAGGACAGGUUGCUGAACCUUCUGAAGAUCGUGAUAAAGCAGCAGAGAUCAAGGUCGGACCCCACGGGAAGCCACACAACCUUUGACCCCAAGUCCGCACUGUUCGUCUGCAAUCGCGUCGAUCUUGUGCCGAAAGACGAACUCGAUAAAGUGAAGAAGAACGCAAUAGAAAAGCUGUCGGCUUGCUGGCCGAGUUUUGACGAGUCGCAGGUGGUGUUAUUCUCCACCGAGAAAGCUCUGCGAGACGUGCAGGCGGACACGGACUACAUUAACGACAACUACAAGCAGUUGUUAGACGCACUCAAAGAUCUCUUCAUAUUCGCGCUGGAGAAACGAGUCAAGAGUUCGUACAAAUGGAUAGAGUCGGUUCUCAAGCGGUCGGACCACUACCUGAGGACGAUCGUGAAACGUCUUGACAUGACGGACGUGGACCUGAACGAGAUGUCGGAAAUGACGUUGAAGAAGCUGCUGAACCUCCAGAAGAAGUCGCAACGGGUUCUACAGGAACUGAACGACAAGGUGGACACUAAGGCGAGAGAGCUGAACGAGGUCAUGCAAAAUGUGGUGAAGACGCCGAAGUGCAAGGAAUACUUAACUAUCGGUUGGUCGACACGCGACGUGCCGGAUGUGGACGGGGAACUUGGAGACUGGCAGUGGAUACGAACGCGCAUCCAGGAAGCGUUCUUCGACAGGCUGAUGACGUACAUCGAGAUCUGGGAGCGCGAGGAGGAGAUUGUGGACGGGAUAGAGAGCGACAUCAUCUCCGAGAUGAAAGCAAAUCUUGACAUUCUGCAAGAUGAGCUUGAUGGAAUUGAGAGUGAAAUCCGUGGAGAUUCGACCUCGAACUCUUUAGACGGUGAAAAAUCGGCCAUGACAAAGUCCAGAAGACAAAGCUUGAACAAUUUAACGCCAAUAAACCUUAAGUAUAGAUUAACGGAACCUAAACUGCCAAUAAAACUGGCGGCUCGCGUGACCAAACCUUUCAAAGCAAUUUUUGAACACAUUACGAAUAAAAUAAAAGUAAGUGAUUUCGUAAACAACCCUGUUAAAGUGGCUACACAGUACUCUCAGAUAAUGUAUAGUCAACUUGGCCAUACACAAAACGGCCCCGACGCGCCGCUUAUGAUCAUAGCGAACUAUUUAGUGGAGAGACCGCGCGACUAUCUAGAGGCUAUUAAAAUAAGGAUUCCGGAUAUGAUUCUUUCAAACCAGCUUUAUCUAAGACACAUUGAGGACAGUCUCGAGUCAGAACGGCAGCACCAAGCGGAGUACAUCGAGACGAUGAUAGGCAUAGAGAAACUUCGUAAAUCUUUACGAACAUUUGGCGAAGGUUAUAUCUUAGUAGAAGAUUUCUCCAGAGGUGAACUUCAGAUUCAGCGGGAUCAGACGAAGGAUGGUAAAGUGACCUUCAACGCCUGCGAGUUCAUGCGCUCUAGUUCCGGUGGGCUGGACUACUCGCAGCGACAGGACAUCCGGGGCUCCUGGACAAUUAUGUACAGUGGCGUCCUUGUGCGCAACGGCGUGGAGAGGUCAGUGGGGAUCCGAGUGUACCUGCCGUCUUCCGGUGUUAAAUGCACAAUCAACGAGGUAGCCAGACUGAGGUAUGUAUUCAAAUUAUGUCUAACAUGGAUGGAUAGGGGUGUAGCGGAGUUCCUCGGAAUCCAUAACGCAGACGCCAUCUGUCCUUCAUUCGUUUUCGACGGCGACCUGCACCCCCUGCGGAAGACGCUCGCCUCCACGUCCCUGAACAUGCGGGAGCUCAUACCGGAAGUGCUGCUUGGGGUCGCCAGCGGCCUGGAGUAUCUGCACAACAAGGGCAUGGUGCACAUGGAGCUCACGCAGGACACAGUUACGGUGGACAAAGACGGUCAAGUCCGUCUCACGGGUGCCUGUCUUCCCCGUAAAGCUGUGUUCCCAACCUACCGAGAGUCCAUUUACUCGGGAGACUUCGUGCAUUUGGCACCGGAAGUGCUCUCUGGCGACGUCUACAAACCGACAGCCGACAUCUAUGCGUUCGGACUUCUUGAAGAACAGGAGACAAAGACCACCUUGCAAACCGUGACCGAUUUACUUUCCUCUCCGUUAUUUACGGAGGAGACAGUGCGUUAUUUACAGGAAACGAAAGAAGAGCUAGAGCGCCGCGUGCUCAUUAAAAACGCGUUCAUCGUUAAAACCACGGAACUGGUGCAGGAGUGUAUGACGAUUCUGAACAACCCGCUAAAUGCUAACAUUGAAGAGAAGAAAAACACGCUGUAUCAACAGUACGUGGCCAUUUCGUUCGAGUUGGUGGAGGAUAAGAAAUGGAACAUUAAGAUACAAAAACCUCUCGGUGCAAAAGACGGUGUGCAACAGAAGGACAUGAAAUCCGAACUCGAGACGUAUUUGCUGCGGAACAGGUCCACAACUUAUUCUACAACUGGGUUGUCGCCUGCCGAGAUGCUCUUCAGACGGAAGAUUCGUACGAAGCUGCCAGACAUCGCAGAACAUCGUAUUCUAGACGAUGAAGAACGAGACCGCGAAAGCGAACGAAAAUGCAAAGGCAAGAUUUACGGUGACAACAAGUGA